AUGACACCUAAGAAUGUGCUCGUGUCUGGCGCCAAUGGCUAUAUCGGUAACGCCGUCGCGCGUGCUUUUGCACGAGCCGGCUGGGUCAGCUACGGAUUAGUCCGUUCCGAGCGGGCGGCAACUUCGCUAGCUGCGGAAGAAAUCCUGCCAGUCAUCGGCAGCAUUGAUGAUCCCGCCUCGCAUGAAAUCAUUGGUCAGAACCUCCCACCUACGUUGCAUGCGAUUGUUUCCACCACCGAGAACAUAGUAGAUUAUGUCCCACAUUAUGAUAACACGAUCAAGCUGCUACGAUUCCUGGCCAUCUCAAGCACGGCACAUGGUGUUCGUCCGCUUGUUAUCUUCUCCUCGGGGUGCAAGGACUACGGCGUCGGCCCGCACUAUGACGGGGAGCCGGGCCUGGCACCUCACACCGAAGAAAGCCCUCUCAAUGCACCCCCACUUCUUGCAAACCGAGCCAACUACUCGAAGAAGAUUCUGGACCACAAGGAUGUCUUUUCGCCCAUCCUGGUGCGUCCGACCAACGUGUUUGGCCGAACCGCCAGCUACUACCGGGGCUUUUUCGAGGUCGCUGGUCUCACCUCUGGAUCAAAGCAGCCCCUGACCAUUCAUGUUCCUCCGAAUUCUAUCUGCCAUGCCAUUCACGUUGAUGACUGUGGCGAUGCCUAUGUCGCGAUCGCGGGUCACCCCCGCCGAGAGGAAGUUGAGGGACAAGUCUUCAACAUCUCUGCACGCCGGUAUGAGACGGUCGAUGAAAUCGGGAAAGCUCUGCUGGCUGAAUACCACAUCCUGGCUGGGCUGGAGUAUGUGCAUCCAGACCAGCUGACCUUACAGGAGAAUCCGUGGCCCGUUGCUUUGAUUGAUUUCCCUCAGUAG